AUGGUGGCCAGCAUCCGGCAGUUUCUGCUCUUCACCCUGCUCUGCUGCUUCGUCGGCCUGUCAGCCGCCAAGCACCUGGACCUGGAGGGCAUCCACCACCAUCAGCACCACCAGCACAGCGCCUCCACGCACCACCGGCGCCGCCUGCAGCGGGACUCCCGGGCGAAGGACGCGGCGGGCGGACCGACCCAAAAGUGCGAGGCCAUCAAGAGUUACUUCGAAUCGAUCGACAUCAAGUCGAGUGGGACUUACAGCGAAAAAGGCGCCAUUUGCGGCGGCAACUGCUGCAAUAAUGCCACGGAGCUGGAGCUGCGUGACAAAGCCGCCGGAAAAUUCGAGCUUCUCCUGCAUCACCAUACCAGCAGCCUGCGCGGAAUCCUCGAGAAGAAUGCCAAACAAUUCCAGAGUCACGUCCUGGAAUUGGCCCACAUUUCGGAGAACAUGACCCACUCGCUGUUCGCAAAGGUCUACACCCGUAUGGUGCCCACCUCGCGGAUGAUGAUCCAUCAGUUGUACAACGAAAUCAUGAAUCAUUUAAAUUACGCCUCGAACUACACGAACAGCAAUGGACAGCUAAGCAGGCGAGGAUUGGCAAGUGUUCAGAGCAACUUGGAGGAGGCUGUGCGGAGCUUCUUCGUCCAGCUCUUCCCGGUUGCCUACCACCAAGUGGUGCAUCUGUCCAAGGAGAAGUUCGGUGAUCUGCACGAGGACUAUGUCAGCUGUCUGCAGCACAACUUUGACGAGCUGCAUCCCUUCGGGGACAUUCCGCGCCAGCUGCAGGUCACCCUGGGCAGGAGUGUCUACAUGUCCAAUGUCUUCAUGAACGCCCUGCUCCAGGCCGCCGAGGUUCUCAGUGAGGCCGAUGAGCUCUAUGGCAAGCAGUUGACCGAGACGUGCAAGGUGCAGCUCCUCAAGAUGCACUAUUGCCCCCACUGCAGCGGCCACGAUUCGAGGAGCGAAACGAUACUGUGCGACGGCUACUGCAAAAACGUGAUGCGUGGCUGCUCGGCGGAGCUUGCUGGUCUGCUGGACAGCCCUUGGUCGAGUGUGGUGGAUGCGCUUAACAACCUGGUCACCACCCACAUUCUCUCGGACAGCGGCAUCAUCAACGUCAUCAAGCACCUGCAGAGCUAUUUCUCCGAUUCAAUUAUGGCUGCCAUGCACAAUGGCCCUGAGUUGGAACAGAAGGUAAAGAAGACGUGCGGCAUGCCCAGUUUGACGCCCUAUUCGUCCGGAGAGCCGGAUGCGCGGCCUCCGUCUCACAAGAACAUCAAGUGGGCCACCGACCCGGAUCCGGGCAUGGUCAUCUUCCUCUCCACCAUCGACAAGAGCAAGGAGUUCUACACGACCAUCGUGGACAACUUCUGUGAUGAGCAGCGCUCUCGCGAGGAUCACUCCUGCUGGACAGGCGAUCGCUUCGGGGACUACACCCAGCUGCUGAUCAGCGCGGGAACCGAUCAACAGCGCUAUAAUCCCGAGGUGCCCUUCAAUUCGAAGGCCCAGGACAGCCAGCUGAACGAGCUGGUCGACAAGCUCAUCAAGAUCCGCAAGAACAUUGGAGCUGCGGCACCUUCGAACAGCAUACAGGCGUCGCACGACAUCCAGAACGAUAUGGCCGAGGGCUCCGGCGGCGGAGAGGGCCAGAUCGGCGACGACGAGGAGGAGUACGGAGGCGCACAUGGUUCCGGAGAUGGUUCCGGCGAUGGACCCCACACGCCCAUCGAGGACACCGAAGGCACCACGACCAACGAAGUGGAGUCGCGCGAGAACGGCAAGACCAGUGGGUCCAACCCCCUGGCAGCCACCGCGACGUGGAUGCUCCUCACUCUAGUCACAAUGCUCUUCAGUAGUUGUAGUUAAGGAUGCUGCCCCAGCCGAGGGAUCGAACCCAAGCACACAACGGGCCCCAUUGGAAGGCGGACGAAGGCGAGGAGAGAUGAGGCCACUACAAAAUGGAGCAAGAGCAACAGCAACGGCAAAUGCACAAGAAUCGAGUUAGAUCAUUAAUUAAUAACUAUUAUCAUUAUUAUUAUUAUUAUUUGUGUAAUUCUUAAGUUGUUACAAGUAAUUUAUUAGGCCCUAAGCGCAUUCAUCUAGCAAUCGAAAUCGACUAACAAUCUACGCACCAGAAGCGAAACUUGAAACUCGGGGCGCACCUCUCCUUCUAGCUUUUCCAAAUUCAGAGCUCAUCGAAUUUCCAUGCCGACUCCAACUAGACCUGUGUGCCAUAUAAACGCGUUGGAGGUUUGCAAACGAAUCGAGUAACUGCUAAAUAUAAACCAUACGAAAAUUAAACAGAAUAGGCAGAACCCCUUCCACUUUCCACAGAGUGUGUGCAGUUUGUUCUCAGAUAUCAGAUACGAUACAUGUUAAUAUAUAUAGCCUACAGUGCAUAAAGCUCAAUGUUCAAAGCAAGUUGUUCCUUUUUCGGUGUAAUUAGGCAAGUAAACAGAGAAGAGAAACCAGAGGCGUGGCACCACUUUCAAUGGCUAGUUCUUGGACCGAUCACAAAUAUUAUACGUAAAGGAUAUAAAUCUGUUAGCUGUAGCCUCAGUGAAUGUUAAACGUAAACCUAAACGAAAUUAUUGUUGUCUACACCUUUCGAACUGACCGAAUGCGAACAAUUUAGAAAUUGAUCAAUUGGGCAAUCGACGCGAAAUGCAUACGAAUGGAAUUUAGUUGAGUAAACGCACUUUACGGAAAAACUAGAAGACUUACAGCUUUAUACGCAAAUGAAAAAAAAAGAAAAAGAAAAAAAAACGAUGAAAAUCUAUUGAUAUAUACGUAUAUUAUAUGUAGCAUUAUUUAAAUUAUAUGAACAAAGAGCGAAGACCUUGGGGAAAUGUCAUGAAAUGCAUUCAGCUAAUUAGUGUUUACAGAGCACUCGGAGUUCUGAGACAGAGAGUGCAGGAAAUUCAGAGUUCAGCGCACAAAUCACGGUUCGCAAUUUGC